UCCAUUUGCACUCUCAAAUUUGCUAAACCCCAAAGCUUUGACACCUUACCUUUUUCUUUAGGACUCUGUUUUUCUCUCUGCUUCUUCUUCUGAUGGCCUUUGUAAUUCAAGUGUUGGUUUUCUAGAAGCUUCAGAAAAACAAAUUCUCUAGCUGGAUUUUAAAAUUGCAUGGUAAGAUGGUUUGAUGGUGUUUUUUAGAGAAGCACGAGCUCUGGUUGUGUUCUGUGCUGCUUUGCCUGCAUUGCCUCCAUAAAUGGGCUGCUUCAACUCUAAGCCAACAAGACAGUCUCCGGGGCAGGUCGAUCCAGUAGUUCUUGCAUCACAGACAGCUUUCACGGUCAGUGAGGUUGAAGCACUUUUUGAGCUAUUUAAGAGCAUAAGCAGUUCGGUCGUUGAUGAUGGACUAAUAAGCAAGGAAGAAUUUCAAUUGGCAAUCUUCAAGAAUAGGAAGAAGGAGAAUAUCUUUGCCAAUCGGAUCUUUGAUCUAUUUGAUGUUAAGAGGAAGGGAGUAAUUGACUUUGAUGACUUUGUUCGAUCUCUCAAUGUCUUCCACCCAAAUGCACCACUGGAAGACAAGAUUGAUUUUUCAUUUAGGCUCUAUGAUUUGGACAGCACAGGCUUUAUAGAACGCCAAGAGGUCAAGCAAAUGUUGAUUGCGCUUCUCUGUGAAUCUGAAAUGAAGCUAGCAGAUGAGGUGAUCGAAACAAUUAUUGACAAGACAUUCAUGGAUGCUGACCUGAACAAAGAUGAGAAGAUAGACAUUGUUGAGUGGCAAAAUUUCGUUUCUAAAAAUCCAUCAUUGCUCAAAAUCAUGACGCUACCCUAUCUGAG